AUGAUCUCACUGGAGAUGGCCACCACCCUAGUAAGACCACCGGCUCAAGUGAUUGGCACGGUAUCUGAGACACCAUCAUUUGGUGGCCAGCUACCUUCUCUCAAAGCGGCUACACCUUUUGUCACAACCCAGAAACACAUAACAAUACCCACUCUGAACAGCACAACCCCAUUAUUGUUCCCCAACAUCGGCGGACCCAACACACCCAUUCACACCACAAACGAGUCACAACAAAUGGCACUCGUAAUACAACCGUUAACGGCGCAAGCCACUAACGGGCUACUCGCGCUCAUGCACAUGUUUGCAACCCCGACGAAUAACGCCGCUAGUGGCCCAAGUGUUGCUUUCCAAGCACAAAGCUACCCAUCAUUAGUGAAAGGAGCCAUGCCGACACCGCCAUUCACACCAUACCAGCAACUCCCCAUUACCCACACAUUUUCCACACCGUUCCAGCUGGCCCAACACUACCAGACCUUGUAG